GACAUAAACGUUUCAAGUGUCAGGUUUUUUUCUCCGUAUAAAUGUUUAUAUAAAAACGAAUAUUUUGCAUGAUGUCGACACCUCCGCUCAAGUCCCACACCAAAUUCCACUUCUGGUCCACGCCCAACAACUACGCGCUGGCGCUGAUUUGCUGGAGUAAUACAUUGGGCAACGCGCGCAAAUACCCCGCCCUCUUUCAGAAGUAUGGACACAUGCAAGUGCUCCUCCCUUACUCGGUAGUAACCGCAUUUCUCAUCAUACCGUUUGUCUACGCGGAGCUCAUCAUUGGUCAGUACACCAACAAUGGUUUUGUUAAUAUGUGGCGAAUGGCACCGAUUGUACGAGGUCUGGUCUGGUCAAUGGCGACCAUCACCUUCUUCGCUGCACACUACUCACUCUUCAAUACAAUGCACGCAAGUUAUUACCUGCUGAAAUCAUUCGAAACAAUCCUACCAUGGUCACGAUGUGAUCCAUCAUGGGCGACCGAAGCCUGCGUAAACUUCCAAUCAUACCCGGAGCAAAACAUGACAAAUACACAAAAUAGCGUUGAGCAUUUCUACAGGAAUUUUGUUCUAAGUGAAAAUGCGAUGAGUUUUUCGGAAGUUAAUAUGAGAUUGUUUCUCUUUCUCUUGGCGACGCUCAUAAUCGUAGGAGUGUGUUUGGUUGAGCGAAUCAGGACCAUUGAAAAACUACAAACCUGCAUCACAUUAACGCCGAUUAUCCUAUUGAUAUCACUUACAGUCGCCGCGCUGUUAAAUCAAACAAGUAUCAUUGGUAUUUCGGCAUUCGUGCAGCCAGAUUUCGAAAUGUUAAUGGACUAUCGCAUGUGGGUGGAUGUCGUGAACAACGCAAUGACAAAUGUUGGUCUCGGCAUGGGUGGAUUAAUCUGCAUCUCCGCGCAUGGACAUUUCCGAAGCAAUAUUUAUACAUUUGCAGCGCUAACACCGCUGUGCAACAUGUUGACGGACAUUCUCUUUACACUUUUUGUGUAUUCUAACCUUUCUUCGGAAGCGAUGAACAAAAAUAUCACAAUGGACGCCAUUUUUGAACAAAACGUCUCACUACUCUUUGUGAAACUACCGCUAGCGCUACUCGAAUGGCCGUCGUAUCAACAACUGUGGUCAAUUGUAUAUUUUCUAUAUCUGUACAUCACGGGAAUGAGGUAUUUACUCUUCCUAUUGUUUACCUUAACCUCAGCGUUUCACGAAACCUUUCAUUGUGUCUACCAACUGCGAAGAUUCUCCAUCGCCAUGUUGUGCUUCAUGAUCAUCUUUGUAAUGCCGCUGUACAUUUCACCGAUAGGAUACUCAAUGUUUGUAGAAAUGGAGAACUUUUGUUCAUCAACAUUUCUAACAUUUAUAGUUACAAUUGAAGCGAUUGGAAUAUUCUACAUCUAUAACGCAAGAAAUCUCCUCGUUGACGUUCACUUUAUGCUCAACAAGAAAAUGACCCACCUGCAGUACUUAUUCUAUUUGAUACCGGCGCUUCUCUGCUCGGUGACAAUCGUCAAUUUUUAUCGCUGGGCGUGGGCAUCGCGAGAUUACAAAACUUUCUGGAUUUUCAUCAUUCAAUGCGUAAUUCUCGGACUGAUGAUUGUUUUCUUCAUUUCGCACUUGCUCACCCACAUUAUGACAAAUUGGGGGAAAAAUUACAAGUUAAUCUUGGCACCAGCCGAAAAUUGGGGGUGUAGUAAUGAAGAAACACGCAAAAGUCGAGAGUUUUUUAAAAGUGAGACUACUGAUGCACGAUUUGCAUACCGGCAAGAAUUGUACGAGAGGACAAUUUCCGCAAUGACUUAAUCUUUCUAUACGCACAUAAAAAUCAUGCAAAACAAUAAAAUUUUUAGUUUUAA